GUGGUAGACUCGCUGACAGAGAUUUUUUUUAAUUAUUCAGUAAUCAUGACGCGAUGAUCGGAUGAUCGGCCAGUGAGGGGAAAAAAGAGAGAGAGGUUACGUUGUUGUCUACGGCUGCAGGGGGCAGCUUUAUCUUCGCGUUGCGUAAGAUUGCGAAAUGCAGUACAAUAACAUGAUUUCGGAUAACGAAUGGAUUAUCAUUGUCAGCGAUCAUCGUUGCCCUGUUCUCUCUCGUCGAGUCAGUACGUAACGGUACACGAAGAAAAGAGCAUCGGCGCUAUAUCACAAGGGCAACAUGAUUCGCAACCUUUGUUUCCGGACAAGCUCGCCGAUGCUGCAAACGCUCGGAAUGCGCGCUAUUCACGCCAUGGUGGACGUUUUGACGAAGCGCACUCCCUUUUCGAGGGACUUCUUGUUCCGUCAGUUCUUCGAUCCAAUGUCUAGCACGUACACAUAUCUGUUGGCUGAUGUCAACGAUAAAGAAGCGAUUUUAAUCGAUCCAGUCAUCGAAUGGGUUGAGCGUGACAAGAGAAUUAUCGAGGAACUCGGAUUAACUCUGAAAUAUGCCCUAAACACGCACAUGCACGCGGAUCACAUCACUGGCACGGGUCGACUCAAAUCACUGCUGCCUGGUUGCAAGUCCAUGAUAUCGCGCGCCAGCGGUGCCGAGGCGGACAUAUUCCUGCAGGCGGAUGAUCAAAUCCAUUUCGGCAGGCAUUAUCUCAAGGUGUUAUCCACUCCGGGCCACACUGAAGGUUGUGUCACUUACGUUUGCGAUGAGCAGGCAAUCGCGUUCACGGGCGAUGCACUCUUGAUACGGGGAUGCGGCAGAACUGAUUUUCAGGGCGGAUCCGCCUCGACCCUGUACAAGUCCGUGCACGAGAAGAUCUUCACAUUGCCGCGAAAUUACCAGCUGUACCCGGCGCACGAUUACAACGGCAGAACUGUCACCACGGUAGCCGAGGAGAAGGUUCUCAAUCCCAGACUGUCCAAGUCGGCAAAGGAGUUUAUCGAUAUUAUGAACAACCUCAACUUGUCUUACCCCAGGAUGAUCGAUACAGCUGUACCAGCAAAUAAAGUUUGCGGUGUAUACGAGAUCGAAGAGAAAAAGGACAAACAAUAAAAGUCAUUAAUAAUAUUAUUAUUAAUACAAUAGUACUGUAUGCCAGUAUUGCAACUCAUUUGUUACUCAUUUUAUAUUUCUAAUGUAAAUAAUGGUAUUCUGACAGUUAACAUUCCUACGCAGUAUGAAUUGCGUUAGAAAUGAAUUUUAACGUAUUGUAUUAUGGUGAUCGGUAUUGUUAAUGUUAGAUGAAUCGUAACUAAAAGAAAUUAUUCAUAAGCAAUGAGCUAUAUGAUAUUAUUAUAAUAGACAAGUUUUGUAUUUGAUUUACAUUCGCACUGCUUUAAUGCACUAGAAUUUAUGCAAAGAUUCAUGCAUUGUUUAGAAAUAUAUUUGUUAUGAUUGUAAAAAUAAAAAUAAAAUCUGAAACUUUUAUUUUACAGU